GAUAAUUAACGGCGUAAACAAACCAACACACGAGCCGUCGAUCUGUCAGCCGUCCCUUUUGACAGCUCACCAAUACCAGCGCCUCGGUGUACCACUACAGAGACAAAAAAUGAAAGAAAUUAACUUGCAGUUGUGGAAUGGCGAACAGUAUAAAUUUGAACCUCGACGAUGCAGGAUUUCUCUGAAAAAUCAAUUUCCCCCCUAGGUUCUCCGGUGAUAGUGACAGUGUUUUGUGAUUUUCUAGUGAAUGGUUCUGUGAAUCUGCUGCCUUCUCCUGUUAUCAUUGGCAAGUUUCCAGCAGCACAUGCAACAAAGGCAGCAAUAGGGUGGUGUAGAAGUGGUACUAGAUCGGUAGUGGGCCGUGGAAAACCGAAAGUGCGAUUUAAAUCGAAGCAAAUAGCUGGCGCCGGAAGUGAGGAGCGGAAGAAGAUCGGCCAGUGUUCUAGGUGUGUUGUGUGACCAAGAAGGGUUGAUCCUGUUUUGAUCCCCCCCGAGUUGUGCUGAAGGGCAAACAGGUACCUAUUUCCGCUUGGAUUUUGGUGAAAAAAUGGGGAAAAUUGGAUCAUCCUAGACCGAGACAUGAUGCCGUGCGAACACCGGAAGUGCAUCAAUCGAAGGAACAAACCAGACACGCAGCUGCAAAAGGACUCAGGAAAGAUUCUUGGAUGCCAUCGUCGUGAUCCACGUGUUUAACACUCUCCCUGAAAAGCAUCAUCUACAGACCAAAGAAUGACUUCACGUUUGGACCGUUUGUUCAUCCUGCUGGAGUCCGGUUCGGCUGCCGUGACCCGCAAGGCGGCCGCCAAGCAGAUCGGCGAGGUCCAGAAGCUGCAUCCGCACGAGCUGCACAACCUGCUGGGCCGGCUGCUGACCUAUCUGCACAGCAAGGACUGGGACACCCGGAUAGCGGCAUCGCAGGCCGUUCAGGCCAUCCUGGAGAACGUUCCCCAGUGGAAUCCGACCGGGGUGGACGGAGCGCCCGAGGAUGUUUACAAUACUCAAACCGGGGCCGGGAGCUCGCGGUUGUCGUUCGACAAGUUCGACCUGAACGCGGUGCUACAUCGGGGAGCUCGACUCAUGGGUUCGGAGGGGACGGAGUUCGACGCGAUCGAUGACAAUGAUGUGGGCGAUCCAAGGGAGAAGUGGGCCCGGCAGAGGGCGUUACUGAACGAGAAGCUGGGGCUGAGUACGGGCGUUAAUUUGGAUGAUAUUGUAUCGAUUGAGGACAUGCAGAACCGCAGUGUUCAGGUCCAACUUGCCCGACAGGAAGGCGAAAGACUGAUGCCAGUUCAGGAGAUCUUAAAGCUGGGUACAGAGGGUUCUAGUCAAGCGCUGAGCUGCCGGGAGAAGAACCGUGCUCGACGGAAGGCACGUGAACAGCAAAAAGCGUUCCCGAAUCCGAUCAACGCCGUUACCGGGGGUUGUUCCGGUGUCGGCUUGAACGGAUCUGGAGGAGAUGGCGAACCGGAUCGGAAACGAAUCAAAACAGACGGAAAACCAGAUAUGAUCGCGUUCACAGAACCCGUCCCGGAUUUGACGGGUGCCUGGGUCGAUGCCACGGAAUGGCCCUUGGAGUCAUUCUGUUCCAAGCUUUAUUUGGAUUUAUUUAGUCCACGGUGGGAGACACGUCACGGCUCGGCCACAGCCCUUCGGGAGCUGCUAAAGAGCCACUCCCAAGGAGCUGGGAAAAGUAUUUUCAUGACAAAGAAGCAAAUGAACGAGCAGCACCAACUUUGGCUGGAAGACGCUACCCUACGCUUGCUCUGCGUGUUGGCCUUAGACAGAUUUGGAGACUUUGUAUCCGAUCAAGUCGUUGCGCCGGUGCGGGAAACUUGCGCUCAGGUUCUCGGUACGGUUUUGAAACAACUGCCUCUGCAAAAUGUCCAUAGAACCGUUAGUAUUCUCCUGACGUUCAUCAAGCAAAAAGACUGGGAAGUCCGUCACGGUGGUCUUCUGGGAAUAAAAUACAUGCUAGUCGUUCGGGAAGAUCUAGUUCAAACCUUCCUACCGGUAAUCAUCAACGAUGUCCUAACGGGACUUUUCGAUUCUGUGGAUGACGUGGGAGCUGUCGCUGCGGCCACCCUCAUACCCAUCGCUUCUUGGCUACCAAAACUCCUAACGAAAACUCAAGUCUCGCACAUAGUCAAGCUGUUGUGGGACCUCUUGUUGGAUCAGGACGAACUUGCAUCCGCAUGUAACAGCUUUAUGGGUCUGUUGGCAUCGAUUCUGAGUCUGCCGAAUGCCUCCAACUGGAUCCAAAUGGAAUCGAUGUCAAUUCUAGUGCCACGCCUUUGGCCAUUCCUCAGUCACUGCACUUCUUCCGUGCGUAGAUCCACGCUGCAAACGCUGAGAACACUCACCGACAGUAGGCUUACCGCCCAAAGCGAACCAUCCACACCUACCGGAAGCAACGGCAUGAACGGCAAAGCCACAUCCGUCAUAGUAAGCACGGCCGAAGCUUUGGCGAAGGCCGCAACGGAAACCAACACAAUCCUCCAGGUGGAUCCUUCGGAAAACCUGGUGCUGAACUUUGGAGUGCAGGACUGGCCACCUGCAUUGCUUCAGGAAGCUCUCCGUCACAUCUUCCAGCGGGUCCUAGUGGAACACGUCGAAGACAUUCAAACCUUAGCCGAAGAAGUAUGGAACAACAUCAUAAUCAAUGCAGAAUUGUCCGCCCUUCUACACGCUUCCUGUCCGUACGUGGCCAGCUGGCUAUGUCUGGCCAUGCAACCGGUCCGCCUGGCAUUCGACCCGUCCUCGUUGAUCUACGCCAAACCGAUUCAACCUUCGCAGCUGCGCGAACGUCGCCGGCAGUUCGAUUCCUUCGAUAACGGUACUCCAUCCCGGCAGAAACUCUUCCUCGGCGGAUCGGAAACCAUUCCAAUCGAGAUUCGGGAAAGAAACGUAAUCCGAGCGCGGAUCAAAACUGCCAAAAUGAUUGGACUACUGUCCCGAUAUUUGGUUCUGCCGGCUCCCGGCGUUGUCUACACCCCGGAGAUCGAGAGCCCCAUCGACUGUUAUACCAAAGUUCUGCUCGGCUAUCUGCAGUCCCGCUCGGCGCUGCAGAGAUUGAUCGCCAGCCUUGUGAUCGCAUUUUGGUGCUCGGCGGAUGAUACCAUCAAACCGGGCCCGAUUUCGCUGCAAGAGCGCUUGAAAGUGUGCUUGAACGAGUACGUUUACUAUGACGAGGUGGGAAUACUGUUCACGAGGUUGCUGCAGGAAAGCAGAGACUAUCUGGCAACAUUGAAACAGCACAAGAUUCAGUUCGUGGAGUUUGAGAACUUGAAGGUUUUGAGUUUGGAUCAGAUCUUCCAGCUUUGUACGGUGAUGUCUGAGAAUAUGAAAACCAAAUACGGACUGAAGAGUAAAAUUGCAGAGAUGUUGGAGGAACGCCGUAGAGGGUUGUUCAAUGCGCAUGCCGGUACCUCCUUGGAACAGAGUAACCUUCACAUUAGUACGCAAGCUUCCCUUUCUGGGGCAGUAGUCAGUUUGAAGUGCCUUCCAGAUAAGCUGAAUCCCGUCGUUAAGCCUUUGAUGGAAUCCAUCAAGCGCGAAGAGUGUGAACUUUUACAAAAGCUCUCCGCCAAAUAUCUAGCCGACCUUCUAGAUCAAGUCACCGUUCGUAACCCCUGUCCAAACAACAAGAUUAUUUCCAACCUGUGCACCCUGCUCAAAAGCGACGCGGACUUCACUCCGAAACUGAUCGUACCGGAUCGGGAGAUGCGACAUUUCGAUCCGGCUAACACAAGCGACUCCAAUCCCUACCACGGAAUAAUAACUCUGCUAAACCAGCAAAAGACCAAAGAAGGUCCCAACGGAACGGCUUCGGGAUCACGUGGCCCCGGUAGGCCGGCGUCCGUCACCUCGGAUACCCCAACGAUCGAGGACGCCCUCAACGAGUCCGAAGAAACUAGUCGCAAACACGCCCGUACGCAACGGCUGGGAGCCACGCAUGCCAUAACCACGAUCUGUUCCUACUUCAAGCAGGACCUCCCGCAGAAGCUUCCCGUUCUGUGGCAGUUGAUGACGGAGCAGAUCACCAUCAAAGUGGACGAGAGCUACGUCGAUCAGCUUGGUCGGCAGAUCGUGAACCAAGAGGAUACCAACGACUUCAUGACGUCGUUGCAGCUGAUUGAAGUCGCCGCGCGACAUAUUGAUCAGGCCUUACACGAUCAACUGUUCCAACUGUUACCAAAGCUGUGCCUACUGUUGAGACAUCCGUUGAAGUCGAUCCGCCACAUGGUUGGCCGAUGUCUGGCCACCCUGGCCGUAGUCAAUUCGCAGGUCGUUAUGACCAUGGUGAUCAACGAUAUCGUACCCAUGCUGUCGUCGAUCGAAAACGUGGUCAAGCGGCAAGGUGCCGCCGAGGCCAUUGCCUGCAUUGUUAGCAAGCUACAGAUGGAGAUCGUUCCGUACGUAGUUCUGCUGGUUGUCCCGCUGCUGGGACGCAUGAGCGAUCCGGACCAAUCCGUACGGCUGGUAUCGACUCAUUGUUUCGCUACGUUGAUUCAGUUGAUGCCGCUGGAUGGAAUCACUCCGAACGUGCGGGGACUUUCCGAGGAUCUUAAGAAUCGCAAACUCAAAGACAAAGAGUUCCUCGAGUACCUCUUUACGCCGAAAACGAUUCCAGACUUCAAGAUACCCGUCAAGAUCAACGCCGAUCUGAGAAGCUAUCAACAGUCGGGCGUCAAUUGGUUGUGGUUCUUGAACAAGUACAAGCUGCAUGGAAUUCUGUGCGAUGAUAUGGGUUUGGGUAAGACCCUGCAGGCGAUCUGUAUUCUUGCUGGCGAUCAUUACCAACGCAGCAUUGAUCCGAAGUGUGCCAAGCUGCCAAGUUUGGUGAUAUGCCCGCCAACGCUUACCGGACACUGGGUUUACGAGGUGGAGAAGUUCCUGCCGACCCGUUUCCUGCGGCCACUUCAUUACGUGGGACUGCCAGUGGAUCGAGAACGACUUCGUCACAAACUUGGCACGUACAACUUGAUCAUCGCGUCCUACGAGAUCGUUCGGAAAGAUAUCGAGUUCUUCAGUUCCGUCCAGUGGAAUUAUUGCGUCCUUGAUGAGGGUCACAUUAUCAAGAACGGUCGGACAAAGAGUUCCAAGGCCAUCAAACAACUAGUGGCGAACCAUCGCUUGAUCCUUUCCGGUACACCUAUCCAGAACAACGUGCUGGAACUGUGGUCACUGUUCGACUUCUUGAUGCCCGGAUUCCUGGGAACGGAGAAACAAUUCAGCACUCGCUUCUCUCGUCCGAUUUUGGCAAGCCGUGAUCCGAAGAGUUCAGCCAAGGAGCAGGAAGCUGGUGCGCUGGCCAUGGAAGCGCUGCACCGGCAGGUUCUUCCGUUCUUGCUGAGACGCGUCAAAGAAGACGUCUUGACUGAUUUGCCUCCGAAGAUUACGCAGGAUUUACUGUGCGAACUGAGCCCUCUGCAGGAGCGAUUGUACGAGGACUUUAGCCGAACGCAUCUCAACUCGGACAUUCGCGAAUGCUUGGAGAAUAUCGACGGACAGAUCGUGAGCAAGAAGACGCACGUGUUCCAGGCGUUGAGGUAUCUGCAAAAUGUCUGCAACCAUCCGAAGCUUGUUCUGCAGCCAUCGCAUCCGGAGUACCAAACAAUCUUGUCGGAAAUUUCUUCGAUGGACGACAUCGAACAUUCAGCCAAGCUGCCAGCACUGAAGCAACUUCUACUGGACUGCGGUAUCGGUACCAACAACGAAGACAUGUCGGUCAAUCAGCACCGGGCGUUGAUUUUCUGCCAGCUGAAGGCCAUGCUGGACAUCAUCGAGAACGAUUUGCUUAAAAAGCACCUACCGGCGGUUUCCUAUUUGCGGUUGGAUGGAAGUGUUCCACCCAGUUCGCGCCAUCAGAUUGUAACCAAGUUCAACGGCGAUCCCAGCAUCGAUGUUCUGCUCCUUACAACGCAGGUCGGCGGUCUCGGUUUGAACCUCACCGGGGCGGACACGGUCAUCUUCGUCGAGCACGACUGGAACCCGAUGAAGGACCUCCAGGCCAUGGACCGGGCCCAUCGUAUCGGCCAGAAGAAAGUCGUCAACGUGUACCGCCUCAUCACGCGUAAAUCCCUGGAGGAGAAGAUCAUGGGACUGCAGAAGUUCAAACUGCUAACGGCCAACACGGUGGUCAGCGAUGAGAACGCCUCCAUGGAAACGAUGGGCACCGAUCAACUGUUGGAUUUGUUUGCACUGAGCGACGGCAGCCGGAAGACGACGGACAAGGCGGACAAGGGAUCCACAAGCGGAGGAUCGGCGGCUGCUGGGUCGGAUGGUGCCAACGGAGGGGCCAAUGGUGCCGGCAAUACCAUGAAGAACGUACUGGAAAAUCUGCCGGAGCUGUGGGACGACAACCAGUACCACGAGGAGUACGAUCUGUCCCAGUUCUUGGAAGGACUGAAGAAAACCUAGUCCACUAGUGAGUGUUGAAUUAUUGAUAUGGAACCCUAUUUUGAUGUAUGCUUUAGUAGAUAAGGACAACUGGAAUUGGAGCGUUGAAGCUCUAUUUUAUGCUUAGAUUUUAUUUAAGUAGCGCUGAACUAAGAUUGACCCAGGAGACCUAUCCACAUUGACCGACUCUUGUACUGUUUUCUUCCAAAUGCAACAUCGAUUGAUUACAACCGUGUUCAAAUUGCUUCAUUUCCUGGCACACCACAGAUUACUUCUAAAACUAUAAGCAAGUUGAAAUAUUAAAAAUAGUAAACGUCGUUAGAAUACACAUCUUGGAUGAAA